UCUUAAAAGAAAGGCCAGGACGGACUGGGCCAUGGACUGCUGACGCACGACUGGGUGGCAAUGCACUUCUCAGUCCUGGACAGUGAAGAGUCCAAGAACAUCGCCGUGGUCCACAAGACAAAUCAGGGCUACUCCGGGAAGGAUUUAUGGAAGCUCAAGCAAGAGCGCCCAGAGCUCUUUGGCGUUGCCUCAGCUGCACAAAAUGGGAAGCCUGCCCCUCCUGGGUUUGAGCAGCUGCGAGAGAUGCCAGGGUGGAUGUACCACAGGGAAAAAGCUCUAUAUUUCCAGCGAGAAAGUGGGCUACUUUACUGCAGAGAUUCUGCAACUAAUGAGCUGUAUGAAUUGCAUCAAGGAGAAGACUACAGCGGAACUUUGACGGUUCGUGGUGACGCUGCUACAGUUGCUGUAAAGGGGCAGGCCAGUCGCAAUGUAAUCAUCAAUGAUUUGCAUCGUGCCGCAUCUUCCAUGAAGCUGGACUUCUCACACCACGACAGCCCAGCAGCCAUGUUUGCUGUUUACGAUGCGACUGGAUGUAGCAACGAUCAAGCAGAGGCCGCAGCCAAAGGACUUCACAUGCAACUCUUGCCGCGCCUUGCUGCAUAUCGUGGCCGGUGGCAGAAUGACCGUUUGCAAGGGGCUCUUUCCGAUGCUAUUGAACAGUUGAGGAAUGAGAUUGCACCAGAGACAGGCAUUGCACUUGCUGUGGCACUUUUGCUUGGUGGACGGCUGACUAUGGCUGCCACAGGUGGUGCUGUUUGCAUGAUCUUUGGACAGGUGGGCCAAUCAGAUGGAAAUGUGGACAACUUGGAGGUUGUUGGAUUGCAGACUGAACCAACAACCCACUGUGCCGUCCUAGAGGACAGUCACUUGGGUGCAUUGCUCACCGUUAAUGGCAUAAGAAGCUCGGGACUAUCUGCAGCAAGGAUGCGUGCUUUGGCCAGGUCCCACACAAUGGGUGACAGACCCCGUGCUGGAUGUGUAUCACUUUUAGAAGAAGCUCAAAAAUCUGGAGCUCAACCUCCUUUGGUAGCAGCGGCAGUUCGAUUUUCUUGGUCUCGGGGGGACCAAGUGAAGAAGCAGCGUACCGAUCCUUCAAGUCUCACAAAGGUUCGAUGUCGUCACAUUCUGCUUCGCCAUGUGGGUUGCCAAGCACCGCUUGGCGACAGGAGAAAGAAACCAACACGAAGUUUAGGUGAAGCAGAGUUGCAAAUGCUUCGCAUUCUGCCCGAGAUCGCGCAUGGUGGAGCUGCUGCCUUCACCAAGAAGUGCAAGGAGCUCUCAGAGUGUGACACCGCAAUGAAGAGUGGCGAUUUGGCUGGCGACCUUGGGUGGUUGGACAAGGAUCCUGCCCGCAGUCGCAAAGUGCCGGCAGCUGUGGUUCGUGCAGCGUUCUUGCUGGCGGUUGGGCAGGUCAGCGAUCUCGUUUCAUCUGAGCGUGGAAUCCAUCUGAUCUUGAGAACGGCCUGAAUGACAGUUGAAUGCGGUUUC